GUAAGGAGGGGUAGAAAGGAUGAAGAGAGGGAGGGAGGGGCUGAAGAGAGAGGUAUGGAGGAAGAGUUCGCACGGGGGUUGAGCGUUUGGGGAAUAUCGUAUGGUUAGCUGCUUCUAUGAAUGACAAGUCUCUUUUCCAGUCUCUGGUCUCUCCUUCCAUCCGGGCCCACUCAUCAGUUAGGACCAUCUUGACAGAUCGUGUCUGGCCAGAAACAGAUGGAUACUUUGACACCUGUAUUUUCCAGAAUUUAUAAUCCUCUUCACACCAAGGAUGUUAUGAAAAGCAAUGCUCACUGAUUUAGUACAGAAAGCGAGAGACCAUUUGAGCUUGCUAAUUGAAAUGAUGGAAUAAUACGGCGUGCCAGCCAGGCAACAUAUUUGAAGUACAUGCUUAUAGAUGACACCCUACAGGUGUGAAGUAUUUUGUUCCUGGCUCACUAGUUAGUGCUACUGUGUACUUAGGCUACAGUUGGCCAUCCAUACCUUUACCCUGAUCCAAAGUAACGUUGGGUUUUAAUAGGCUAGACAGUGUGCCUCUUUUUUAAGUAAUUUAUACUCCCUCUAUAUGUGGGCCUGUGGGAUGGUGACUGGAAUCCGUUCAGGUCAGAUAAUAACACAAAUAGCAGAGUCACAGGAAAGGCCACGGGAAAUAUGGAGAGCAAGCGAGAGAGAUGGCCAUUCAAAAGGAAAGAGAGGAUGGUAGGAAGAGAGGGGGAUUGUGAGGUAGUAAAGAAAAGAGAGACACAGAGAAGUAGAGAGAGAGAGAGAGAGAGGAAAAAAGACAGAAAUAGAGUGGGAGAGAAAGAGGGGGAGACCAGAAGAGAGAUACAGAGGGGGAAAAAGCAGCAGAUAGUGAAAGGGGGAGAGAGGGAGCGUUGAUUAACCAGUGGGCCGUUCCUGGGACUCGACGCGUCAUACCCCCGCCGACCAGUCACAUCACAGCCUCAUGCAUCUCCAUGGUAACAGGACCUUCUAGUUUCCGAAGGGGGUGGAGACAGGGAGGAGGAGAUAAAAAAAAAAAAAAAGUAUUAAAAAAAAAAGGGAGAAAAAAAAAAGGGUGGAAGGGGAAAAGGGGAAUGAAAACGAAUCGAUGUCUUGUGUUUCCUACCUUCCUCCGGUGGCUGGUUUCACACAGAGGACCCCUGCUGCCUCCACCACAUCAAGGCUGAUGAGACCACGGACCGACUGCAACAACACCGUCCACAAGAGCAGCGGCUUUGCAGGCUCGGCGGACCGCCUCUGCUGGGGGACUCUGGUACAGUAGGGAUGUCAGCGGGUCAGGCUGAUGAGAGGGGAGCCAUGAGGCGGCUCAGCACCCGCUGUUGACCGGUCCUGUCGGCCGGGACCAGUCUCUGUGGUGUCCUCCCGCUUCCCGAAGUUCAGGACCAUGACAACUUCCAUCCUGGCUGUUUGAGGAUGCUUCUUCGUCUUGGGUAAAGAGGCUCGUUGACAGGAAGCUCCGCCCACCUCCUUCAACCACCCCCCACCCCGCCCUGCGCCUCCCACCCUUCAGACACCAUGCUGAUCAAGGAGUACCGUAUCCCCAUGCCCAUGAGUGUGGAAGAGUACCGCAUCGCCCAGCUCUACAUGAUCCAGAAGAAGAGUCGUGAGGAGAGCUGUGGCGAGGGCAGUGGUGUGGAGAUCCUGGAGAACCGGCCCUAUGUGGAUGGGCCUGGUGGGUCGGGCCAGUACACACACAAGGUGUAUCACAUCGGAAAACACAUUCCGUCCUGGUUCUGCUCCAUCCUGCCUCAGUCUGCUUUACGUGUGGAGGAAGAGUCAUGGAACGCUUACCCGUACACACGCACCAGGUAUACCUGUCCGUUUGUAGAGAAGUUCUCCAUAGACAUCGAGACAUAUUAUAAACCCGACACAGGGACACAAGAGUGCUUCAGUCUGUCGACAGCAGAGAAAAGAGUGAGGACUGUAGACCCUAUUGACAUAGUCAAGGACUACAUUGCGCCCCACGAGUACCUGGCUGAGGAGGACCCUAAGCUGUAUGUGUCGGAGAAAACCCAACGAGGGCCGCUUACUGACGACUGGAUCGAGCUGAUCAACCAGAACCCCACCCAGAACCCAGUUAUGUGUGCCUACAAGCUCUGCAAGGUGGAGUUCAGAUACUGGGGCAUGCAGUCUAAGAUAGAACGCUUCAUACAUGAUGUUGGCCUCCGUAAGGUGAUGGUACGUGCCCACCGCCAGGCCUGGUGCUGGCAGGAUGAGUGGUACGGUCUGACCAUAGAGGACAUCAGGCAGCUGGAGCUGGAGACCCAACUGGCCCUGGCCAGGAAGAUGGCCCACCACACUGAAGAGGGGGGGGCAGAAACCAACGGGAGCCCCACCUCCCCCGACCUGGACCAGGAGGGGGAGAAGGCCUUGGGGGAAGCAGUGGAGGGAGGGGGGCAGGUAGACACGUUACAGGCACGGGGAGAGCUCACCAAGCAGUGGUCCACUUCGUCCCGGUCCUCUAACAGAUCAUCUAAGAGAGGAGGAAGUCCUGUCCAGCAGAACAUUUCAGAGUGGCGGAUGCAGAGUAUCGCACGUGACUCAGAGGAUAGCACGGAUGACGAGUUUUUCGAUGCUCACGAGGACCUUUCUGGAGAUGAGGAGAUGUUGUUGCAUGCCAAGGAGAUGACCAAAUGGAGCUCCAAUGAUCUGAUGGACAAAAUAGAAUCUACAGAGAUGGAUGAGAGCCAAGAGAGCCUAUAUCAGGAGUCAGGUGAAGAAUAUGCCGUUACGAGUAGUGAGGAGAGAAUCCUGGAGCGGCACGUCUCUAGAAAACGGAGACAUGGUUCCACUGUAUGGUCUCACAGACGACCAGCUGAUGGCUCAUCUCAGCAGUGUCUGACACCCUCCAAGAUUCACGUUUUGGUCCUGGUGCUUCAUGGGGGUAACAUCCUUGACACUGGAUCAGGUGAGCCAAGCAGUAAGCAGGCUGAUGUGAACACCCUGAGUGGAGCGUUUGAUACGGUCAUGAGGGUUCAUUACCCAGCAGCCCUGGGACGCAUCGCCGUCCGUAUGGUCCCUUGCCCUGCAGUUUGUGCCGAUGCCUUCUCUCUUGUGUCCAAUCUCAGUCCCUACAGUUAUGAUGAGGGAUGCCUCUCCAACAGUCAGGACCACAUACCCCUGGCUGCUCUGCCCCUAUUGGCCACCUCUGCCCCGCAGUACCAAGACGCCGUGGCAACUGUCAUCCAACGAGCCAAUCAAGUGUACGGAGACUUCAUCAGGUCUUUGGAAGGAGCAUCUUUCUCAGGACAGGUGUGUGUGAUCGGAGACUGUGUAGGGGGUAUCCUAGGGUUUGAUGCUCUGUGCAGUAGUAACGUCAGUGUCUCAGAGAGCCAGAACAGCAGCAGACGAGGGAGCACCAUCAGUGUACAGGACACAGACCUCCUCUCUCCCGGCAUCAUAAUAAACAGUGCCACUCCGUCAUCUUUGUCUUCUCAGUCCCUGGAAGGCAGUCGUCACCUUAGCCGGAGCAACAUUGACAUCCCUCGCUGCUCUGGGCCAGACGACCCCAAGAGGUCGCUUCCACGCAAGCGCAGCGACUCCUCCACCUAUGAACUAGACACCAUCAAACAACACCAGGCCUUCCUGUCUAGUCUCCACAGUAGUGUGCUAAGGACCGACCAGGGCGGCUCCAGACGCUCCAGCAGCAGCACCAUGUUAGAGGGAGGCGCCCUAGGGAGGCUGGACUUUGAGGUGGCUGACUUCUUCCUCUUCGGUUCUCCACUAGGACUGGUUCUGGCGCUGAGGAAGACUGUGGUGCCGUCUUUAGAUGUGUCAGCGUUGCGUCCGGCCUGUCAGCAGGUGUAUAACCUGUUUCAUCCAGCGGACCCCUCUGCCUCCCGCUUGGAGCCCCUCCUAGAGAAGAGGUUUCACCAGCUGCCUCCCUUCUCAGUCCCUCGCUACCAACGCUUCCCUCUGGGGGACGGACACUCGGCUCUGCUAGUUGAGACGAUGCAGAGUAAUCCCCACCUCCUGCUGGAGUCAGUCCCUUUGUCAGUACCUCUACGUUGCCAGGAAGGGGGCGUCAGUGAGACCUCCAUCCCUGUCCCUGUCCUCAACUGGCCCCAACAGGCCUCACAGCUCAACGACACGGAUGCGCUCCACUCCCACUGUGGUGUGUUUGUGGACAGCCAAUACCCAUCCUCCCCACAGACAGGAACCCCGCACCCCAGGGGCCCCCGCAGGUCCAGCGAGGCCAGUAUCGCCAGCCAGGUGUCAGGGAUGGCCGACUCGUACACCGCCUCAAACAUCGCCAACACUACUAAAUGCCAAAGCAGCCCAUCCAGGAAGCUGGGGCUCCUCUCCCAGCUAGCUCUUCCUAAAUUCCCCUGCAGAACCCCCUCCCCACUGGCCCGGAAGAAGGUCCGACCCUUCCUUUCUUUCGGACGCACCGACUCCGACGAUGAUGUCACCGCUGACGUCCCUUCCACUGACGUCUCCUUUGACUUGACGUCUUCCGACUUCAAUGAUGUCACUUCGGAUGUCACCUCUGACAUCACCGACACGAACUCUGACCUCCCGUCGCCAGACACGCUGAUGGACAUAGAGCAAGUUGCAUCUCGGUGGUGGGGCAGUAAGCGUAUGGACUAUGCCCUGUAUUGUCCUGAUGCACUCACAGCCUUCCCUACCGUAGCUCUGCCUCACCUCUUCCACGCAUCAUACUGGGAGUCCACUGAUGUCGUCUCCUUCCUACUCAGACAGGUCAUGAGGCAUGAGAACUCUAGUGUCCUAGAACUGGAUGGUAAGGAGGUGACAGAGUUCAAGCCCUCUAAACCAAGAGAGAAGUGGAUCCGCAAGAGAACUCACGUCAAGAUUAGGAAUGUGACUGCCAACCAUCGUGUGAAUGAUGCUGUGUUCACUGAGGAUGGAACCCAGCUGGUGAUGGGUCGCUUCAUGUAUGGACCUCUGGACAUGGUCACUCUUACCGGGGAGAAGAUUGACAUCCACAUCAUGACCCAGCCCCCUUCAGGUGAGUGGGUGUACUUCGACACUGAGUUGACCAAUAGCAGCGGGCGCAUCUCCUAUGUCAUCCCCGAGAACAAGAGGCUGGGUAUUGGAGUAUAUCCUGUCAAACUGGUCGUCAGGGGUGACCAUACAUAUGCGGACAGUUACCUGACGGUUUUGCCCCGGGGAACAGAAUUUGUGGUUUUUAGUAUCGACGGCUCAUUUGCUGCCAGUGUUUCCAUCAUGGGCAGCGACCCCAAAGUCAGGGCUGGUGCUGUAGACGUGGUCAGACACUGGCAGGACCUGGGCUAUCUGAUAGUGUACGUGACUGGUCGUCCAGACAUGCAGAAGCAACGUGUGGUGGCCUGGCUAUCUCAGCAUAACUUCCCUCACGGCAUUGUGUCCUUCUGUGACGGCCUGGUCCAUGACCCACUCAGACACAAGGCCAACUUCCUCAAGGCCCUGAUCUGUGAGGCCCAUAUGAAGAUCUUUGCUGCAUAUGGUUCUACCAAGGACAUCUCUGUGUACUCCUCCAUUGGCUUGCCCCCAUCACAAAUCUACAUAGUGGGACGGGCUAGCAAGAAGAUGGCCAGCCAGUGUCAGUUCAUCCCAGACGGCUAUGCGUCCCAUCUCUCCCAACUGGAAUACAGUCAGAGGUCUCGUCCCGCCAAGACUGCCAGCGCCCGCAUAGUUCUCCGGAAGGGCAGCUUCGGCCUGGGUGCCGCCGGGGGCGACUACCUCCGUAAGCGAAACCACAUUCUGCGCUCCAUCAACUCACCCGCGGUGGCAGGCUCUAGCUCCUCUGGCCAACCAGGACACACAGAACGAACGCUAAGCCAAUGCGAGGUGGAGAAGGAGAGAUCCGGAGCAGCAACCCAGAGGAGUAUGAGUAUAGCAGCGGGUUGUUGGGGACGCACUGGGAGCACCAAGGAGGGGUCGGGCGGAUUACUCAGUCCCAAGUAGGGCUCACUAGACUGGGCUAGAGGGGUGAAGGGACCCUGCCUGAACAUCACUGGAGCAACCUCCACAAUCACCCAACUGGCCCUGAGAGAUGGAAAGGGUAGGAUGAAAGAGGGGAGCGAAUGGGGUUUUCUGAGGAAUUGAAAGGGGUAUGAGAGGGAGGGAAUAGGGCCUAGAGAGAAGCAGGGUCUUUGUAGAAAUUAAUCUGUAAGGAUGAGUUGAGUGAAAUGGAAGUAAAGCCAGAAAGAUAGGAGGUGCUCUAACAUUGCAGUAAAGGAACUUAAUACAUUUCUACUAUAGCAUGAGUCUCAGUUGAGACUUCUACAUUUCUUACCUUAGCCACUAAAGAAAAGAACUGGAAGGUGAACUCAAUGAAAAAUAUAAACAAAUGAUAUCGUAAGCCUUAAUUGUCUCCCCCCUGCGGGCCUGGAGUGAACCUCCCAGUCUGAGGAUUUGCUGAAUGUACUCUCAAUGGGAAUUCACUCACUCACACACACACACACACAGUUCAGGACAGGCCAAAUAGCCAUGGCAACAAGCCAACAUCUUCACGUGUUUCAAUCCCUCUGUGAUAAACCGCUUUCCUGCCCUCUUCUCCCACAUUGUCUGGCAAUAAGGAACCAGUCCCCUUAUACUGUCAACAAAGACACACCACUAAA